GAAGUCUGACAGGUCGAUAUUGACAUCAUUUUUCCCCCAAUAAUGUAAUUUUUUUUUCCGACUCUGAAACGUUCAGAAAAGGACCCAUCCCGUCGUUUCUUCCUUUUUACAUUUCUAGAAGAUUAUACCUCAUCAGAUAUAGCUGGUGUGGUCCUCAGUACAACUAAAGUCCGAUCACCUCCUCAUCAGAACACUCCGCAAGUUUAUUUCCAAGCUAUUUUUAUAUUUCUUUACCUCUAGUACUAGUACAUUCAACCCCAUGGGGCGCGGUAAAGGCGGCAAGGGCAAAAAGGGCGGCGGUGGGGGCGGCGCUUUUUCGGAGACGCCUGCACUGUAUGUGGAUUUUCGCUUCGAUACUCCCUCGGCGCACCCGCCCACUAUCAAAGGCUACUUCUACCUGGCGGGGCGCAAGCGCUACCCGGAAUUUCGCGCGUACCCGUACGUACUGCGGCCGGACGACAAGUGUCUCACACCCGAGCAUCACGAGCCUAUCGUCGGCAAUUUUGACACGCCCGAGGAAUUUUACGACAGAAAGUGGCAAACCCGCGUCCUCUGGACGCUGUACGACUACAGCAAGGGAGACUUGAAUUACGUGCCGAUCCUGUCGUCUUACGAAUCAAGGCUUACUGUCCGUGUAGAGGACGCGAGCUGGGAGGAGUGGGAAAAAAGGAACCCGGAUUCGCCACGCAAAUUAUCCUGAGCAAAAGCAGGGUCCCCAUCGCAUCCUGGAGAAGUCAAGAUGGCAAAUCUGCUAUACAAACCAACAACUUUUGGCUGAUGUUGCGCAUGAUAAGUUCGGGAUCGUAGCAAAGUCGUCUUUAUCUGGUCGUGCAGCAGCAUGUCAGAUGCUUAACGUCGUGAUUCAAGCAUGACAAAUUUCAUUUUCAACAAUAAAACACGACUGGAAAAAAUAAAUGCCUCUCGUGGGGCUCCUGCGCAUGAGAAACAUUUUCGGCAUGCAGAUUCGCAUGACAACAACAAGAACUCUGGGAUCGUGGGGACGUAGUUUUUACUCAGGAUGCAGGUACUCCGUCGAUUACUUUUCGACGACCAGCGGACAAAACAAAAUUCCUCGCGGCCGGGAAGAAAAGCUGUCCCGGAAGUUGUCCGAGGUCUUGCGGCACCGGGCGGAACAUUUAGGGUUGCAGAUCGACGCCGCCGGAUUUGUGUUGAUUUCGGACUUGCUGAACUGCAACGACUACCCUCUGCAAAUGUUGUGUCGCACUAGUAAAAAUCGCAGUCAUGCAAGACAAAUUAUCUCUUUUUCGAGCUAAAUCAGCGUGAAAAAGUGCAUUUGUUACUGUUAUGUUGGUGACCUGAUCAUGCUGAUUUGUUGUACUGUAAUUACCAAUAGGACUAGUAUUUGGGGCUCGCGCCGCCGUGUUGGCACAACGGCGCGGGGAUCUGCGCAUAACAAUAGAAAAAGCAGUACUGCAGCAACUAGAAACAGUUCGAAGAGGCUUGGUUGAAGAGCUGGAGCGUGCUUUCUCUGGGGCUGACUGUUCCCGGAAGGGCGGCCGACGCACUAACGCCGCGCGAUGAUGGCAAACAGCUUGAUGGCAACAAAGUACAAAAACAAAAAGGAAGAGCACGCGUAGCCAGGAACAUAAAAUGAAGAAGAAAUGGCGGCCAGUAGAGCGACCGGCCCACCAACUGCAGCCCAACGCCUAGCGCGCCAGAUCCGGCCGGCCUCUGUACUGCCAAAAGCCGGGUCAGGUAGAGGUAGAUAAGGGCACGCACUUCCGCUUGGUGCGCGGCAAGGUAGCCGUGCCUCCUACCUUCUAGGAAAUGUAAAGCAGACCCGUGCCGGGCGGCGUCCCCCCUUUCUACUUCAGCUACCCAGCAAGCGCAGGCAGCUAGGGCGAGAACGCGAGCCCUUGGGGUCCGCAGGUAGGCUCUUUUUUUAGGUGCGACUCCUGGCCGCCGCGCUGGUACUCGUCGUAGCAGGUGGCCGGCCAAAGCGCUGCAACCUGCCGAAGGCGCCGGCGCCGCUGCACGGAUGUAAUCUCUGUGGCGGCUGGCAUCUGUUGCCUUCGCAUCAAGCCGCCCCCUGUGCGCCGAGAGUUUCUCUUGCGUUUGGUCUUGCGCUUGUUGUGUGCAUGCUUUUCCAUCCGGGCUGCCCAUCGGCGAGGCUUGGCCCGAUACCCUGUAGCAAGUAGCAGGACCACGCAACUGCUGGCGGUUGCCUCCCAACAAAUCUAACUAAGAGGCACGCCUGCCAGGGGUGUUUUUGAGUUUUACUCUCGGCGCCGGCGGCCACACCUCAAAGCAUGGAGGCAACAGCCAUGCGGCUGGCUGUUUCUGAUGUGUUAGCCACAGCCCCAUUGCGGUUGGUUCGUUGUUUCUGUGCUCGGUUUCCUAGGCAAGCACCAGGGGCAGCAGAUCGCCCGGGUAGCUGCGGUUGCUCAGUGUCAAAAACGAUAAAAAAAGGCUUUUGGCUGUCGAGCUGUAGAUGCUCGCUAUAGGCGGAAGCUGUAGAGCUUAGGCUCUAGAGCAUCACCAAACAGCUGUAGAGAUUCAGCUCUAGAGAUUGAGCUCUACAGGUUUUCGAGCUAUAGAGGCGCUCGCCCUAAUCGUUAUCAAUCUUUUUUCGCAGUAGCGUGGUGAUUCGCCAAAAAAAAUUAGAAAAAAAAAGGUCAUCUCUAGAGAUUUGAUCCUUCUUUGCCCAGAUUUGAGCCUAGUCUGCACCACAGUAGCAUGCAGAUUUCAGAAACAAAGCAAGUAGCCUUCUUUGAGCCUUCUUUGGUUCCAGGUUUGACCCUAGUUGCUGCAAGUACUAUAGUUCUCUUGGCUAAACGAAAACGAUACAACUUCAUCAAUUCAUAACGCUUUCAAGCACUUCGCCCAGUCGUUGGUGGGGCAACACGCGGUCGGCAAGCAGGAGAUCGUUUGGCUGGUGAAGGCGAACCAGAAGCAGCGCUUAUCAAAUGCAAAAAUGUCUGGGUCUGGAAGAAUGCAACUUGUGAUGCUGCAUUUGGAUUCCAAAACAAUCUGCAUUGCAUGAGUACCAAAGGGAAUGCAAUUUUUGCUCCGCCGAGAAGGCAUUUGUCAUGCGGAAUAGGCAUCAGGAAGCCCUCAGAAAAUCUGUAUUGCUAGGGUAUGCAUCACAGACAUCAUGGCUCACGCAAAACGUGCAUGACAACUGUCAGAAUCUUCCGGACCUAGACAUUUUUACAGUUGAUAGCGCUUUGAGUUGGACAAUGCUUCCGAUCCGGCCAAGAUCCGCUGCACCCAGGGCCAUUCGGUGAAAGCGGUCGACGUGGCAAUGACGGGAGAAUUGAUCAAGGACGCAGUGCAUUACUUCCAACUGAUAAAAAAGAAGGGGAGCAGCGACAAGAACGACAACAGAGAUAAAGAUGGCGACGUGGCGAUGUUGUUGAACCCCGCCGCGCCCGGCGUUAGUCGGUCAACCCAGAAGGAUGAGAUUUCCACAGGAGCAAGUUCAACAUCCACGUUUGGAGGGAACAAUUCCAUCAGGGCCCAGGUCGAAGCGCGAAAGAGGGCGGUGAUGGAGAAUAAAUCUGGAAAUGAUUUGAAAGUCAAUACUGUUGGAGCAUCAUCCGCUGUGGAGGUUGGGAUGGCGUUGGAAGAUAAUGCAACAAGUGGACGAAUUGGUACUGGUGCUGGAUCCAGUUCCAGUGCGACUUCCAGUUUGUUCUCUCCCGCUAGCCGAAACAACACAGCGAAAGUCGUCCAUGGCACGUUCCCGAAAUCGCUACAAAAAAUCCUCGAGUCGGGCGGCUUGUCGAAAAUGGAGCGCAACGAAAUCCACUUUUGCGCCUCCGCCCCGGAGGACGGGAGUGUUAUGUCGGGGAUGCGACAGGAAGCCAGCGUGGUGAUCGAGGUGGACCUGGAGAAAUGUUUGAAACACAAGAUCAAAUUCUACUACGCGAGCAACGGCGUCAUUCUCUCUCCCGGGGAGGAAUCGAGUGGGAAAAUCGGCCCGGAGUACUUCUUGAAUGUGUACGACCGGUGGACGAAAAAGACGCAUCCGUUCUGGACGCAAUUCCGUGAGAGGGAAGCGCAAGCAGUGAGAAAUAAGUAGUUGUCAUCGUACGGACCUGCAAAUGUGGAAAGUGCUUCACCAUGUAUGUAUUCGAAAAUGUACGUCGGGAAGGGGAGAAGCAACAGCAAAUCUUCUCUUUGUUUUCUACAAGAGCGACUUGAAGGAUGAACCGUAGCCGUACCAGUACCUUCAAAACACUGUGGAUAAUAAGAAAUCAU